UGUAUUUUAUCUUUCCGUUUUUGUUAGUUUAUUAUUGUCUUUACUGUCGAUUUCGGGGGUGUGCGUCAAGUAGAUGGCGUUGUGUGCGCUGUACAGUGGAGGGCGCUACAGACAUCUUUUGUAAACACUGUAACAGGUCAAAGGCCGUUCGUACAACGUUGUCAAAUUUGCACUAUUAAAAAUGAAAACACCCGAUACAGCUAAUGUUUCGUCUGUAUCAUCUGCAGGAGAGGUCGUGGGACCAGACUGCUUUGUUCGAGUCAGAAAGCGAGACUUGGAGAAACUGGAGUCAGAAGUCAGGACACUACGAGAGCUUGUGCCAAAAGUAAUCAAUACUGACUUCAUUGAUACUAUCCAUAAAGGACGUUCUCUGGAUGCAUUUAAAGAUCGCAGUGACCGUGAGCAGCAGAAACAGAGAGAGGAUUGUCUGCACAUGCGCUCCAGGCUAGAUGUUGCUCUGAGCGAGUGUCAGAGAGAGAGACAGGAGAAGUUGGUUUUAAAGCAGCAGUUAAGGGAGUGCAGAGAGGAGCUGCAGCAGCAGAAAGCAUUUUGCACCGAGCUGGGCACUGCAUCUUGCACCCUGCUCUGGAGUGCGUCCCAAAGGGAGGAAGCGAUCAGAGACAUACUGGCUGCUGGUAAACUGGAGCCCUUCCUGAGCGUUGCAGGUCAGACCUUGGAGACCUUCAUCAAGUCUCUGAAUGAUGAAGGAAAGCCACACCAAAAUUGCAACUCAAAAGAGCAUCAUUUAGUUCUGGCUCUGGCCGGCGUUGUUACCAAUAUAGCUGCUGUGUCUUGUGGACGGGACUUCUUAUCCUCUUCUGCCCACAUCCUGUUAGAUACUUUGUUGCAGCUGCUGUAUCUAAUGAAACCCGGAAUGUUUCCAAAACUCAAAGUAUUGAUGUUGAUGGCUCUAUAUAACAUCACUAUUAGUCUGAAUGGGUUGAAGCUCAUAAGUGAGAGCCCUGGAUUUCUACCUCUUAUGUACACCCUUCUGGAAGACCCCGACCCAGAAGUGUGUCUGCAGUCACUGAGGCUUCUUCAGUCCUUACUGCUGGAGAGAGAGGUCAUGUCACACAUGACAACUGAUUUUCUGAGCUCUUUCCCACUCAGUCGGAUCCAGCAUCUAGCUUCAAGCCGGCACCCUGCUCUCAAGCAAACAGCUCAGGAGACACUGGAAGAUUUUGCUAGCUUUACCAACUCCCAGACUAAAGACACCGAGAAGAAGCAGUGAAGCCCAGGCCUUCAUGUUCACGAAAAGUAGGUCUAGGUCCAGCAAACUGCAUACUAAUUCUGAAACUUGGCCAUGUUCAAAAAGUUUGUUCGUUUAGUCAUCUUGUACUGUGUUAGGCCCUGUUAAGAAGUGACUUCAACAGAACUUUCUAAGCUUUAUUUGUGACGUAAAUGCUGAACACCUCUAUAGAUAGAUGAGCAAGUUUUUUUUUAUAAAAUGCCAGAAAAGCCGUAACGCUUGCUUUCAUACUCAGUUUGCCCUUUAUAUCAUUUUAUGCUCUGUAUUAAAUUAGCAUUAAAUCGAUAUAUGUGCUGCCCUUUCUAGCACACCCACAACAUCAGCUGUCCCACUAGUCCAUCCUACAUUGAGUUCUAAACUUAAACAUGGGAAUGAGACAUCAUCACUUUACAAGAAGCCUUACUUCUCAUUGUUAGGACACAGCACAGCAAUCAGCAUAGGUCAAAUGUCACAUAAACAGCUAAAGUGCGGCCCUUCGAUGUGAGGAGUCAGCAGCAAUAAUGUUAGACAUGAUGAUGUCUAGUGUAUGUAAAGUUAAAUGACCUUUUAGUCGAUUGUUUUAUUUCUGAACUUUGACAACUGGAAUGUUCUUUAAACUGUUUUUGAUAGUUUUCAUUUUCUUUGAUUGCGGUGUUUCUCUAUUUCGUUUACACUGUUCGUUACUUUAUAUGCAUAUCUAUUAUUGAGCAAAGCUCUGUUCAUGUUAAACAGUAGAAGUAUGUUUGACUUUUUUUUGACGAUGACGAUGAUGAUUUGUCACACAAGAAGUUCUGUUCCAUAAAAGCGUUUGACACCAAUUUGUAAAGCGUUCAUUUGUCCAUCUCAGAGGCAUGCAACUAUUUAAAGUCCAUCAACUGGGUUUUUAGAAUUUACAUAAUCCUGUUUUGUAUAUAAUUUUUUUGGCUUGCUGUUUUUGUGAAAAAGAUGUUUUAUUCCAGAUUUAUUCAGCACAAAACAACUUAGGUUUUUAUACAGUGUUGUGUAUUUCUGAUGAUUAUUAAUUUCAGACCCCAGAUGUUAUGCUGCAUCAAAAAUAUGCAUAUAUGAUAUGUGUGUAGUAUAUAUAAUGUCUAUAGCUGUUUUUGUGUGUAAUACAUUUUGGGACAUCCAUCUUAAAACCCACCAAUACAUGUUAACAUAUACGGAAAUAUAAAAGAUAAACAUGAAAUAUUUUUUGAUUUCUGUAGUCUCACUAAAAAGAAAGAAUGUAUAUACUUUACAGGUUAUACUGUAAAUUGCUUUUAACUUUUUAAAUGUAUCUCCACUAAACAAUGAACAUUCCUA